AUGGUGAGAAGUGACAAGAAUCAGAGUACUGCCAUCGUGUUCAUCCUCUUAGGAUUCUCUGAGUAUCCAGACCUCCAGGUGCCCCUUUUUCUACUUUUCAUCACCAUGUAUGCAGUUGCUGUACUGGGGAAUGUGGGCAUGAUUGUGAUCAUCAGGAUCAACCCCAAACUCCACACCCCCAUGUACUUUUUCCUCAAGCACUUGUCCUUUGUGGAUUUCUGUUACUCUACUAUAAUUAUACCAAAAUUACUAGAAAACUUAGUUGUAGAAGACAGAAGUGUCUCCAUCAAGGCCUGCAUGACACAGUUCUCCACUGGUGUCACUUGUGUGAUAACAGAAAUGGUCAUGUUGGCUGUGAUGGCCUAUGACCGCUUCGUUGCUAUAUGUUAUCCUUUAAUCUAUACAGUUUCCAUAUCCCCAAAACGCUGUGUGCUGCUAGUGACUGUGGCAUAUGCAUGGGGCAUAAUUUCUUCUAUUGUACUCACCUACUCACUUCUUGUAUUGUCCUUUUGUGAGACCAAAAUUAUCAAUAACUUUGUAUGUGAAUAUUCUGUCUUCCUCUAUGCUUCCUGCUCUAGUAAACACUUCAGUGAGAUAAUACUUUUUAUCUUUGCAAAUCUCAGUGCAUUUUGCACCCUCAUCAUAAUUAUUACAUCCUACAUUUUUAUUUUUAUCACUAUCCUCAAAAUGCAUUCAGCCAGUGGGAGGUAUAAAGCUUUUUCCACUUGUGCCUCCCACAUGACAGCUGUUACUAUCUUUUAUGGGACCAUCUUCUUUCUCUAUUGUAUUCCCAGUUUCCAAUCCUUAAAACUUGUAAUCAAAGUGGGAUCUGUUUUUUAUACUGUGGUAAUCCCUAUGUUAAAUCCUUUAAUAUACAGUCUGAGGAAUAAGGAUGUGAAAGAAACCUUCAAGAAAUUAUUGCAUCUUAAAAUCAUUUCUAAAUAA